GGAGGCGCUAUGUGGCUGGCGAAAUUGCAAACGAGUUGUGGAUGUAUUAAAUUGCAAACGAAUGGACGAUUCAUUAGGAAUUUGACAACACAACACAGCAGAAUGAGUUGCAAAACAAUAACAGUUGACCAGGACGAUGAAAUACGGAAACUGCCGGACAAGUAUGAGCGGCAGCCAAACGUCCUGCGCAAGAAAUUUACAUCUGGUGUGCCGGGCACAGUAAAUCUGCAAGUAUUAGGUGCCGGCGCCAAUGGAUCACCAAGCUCGGUAUAUUUGUUCACAGAUCAGGCGCGUUACCUGUUUAACUGCGGCGAAGGCACACAACGCCUGGCAUACGAGCACAAGACGCGGCUGUCCAGACUGGAGCAUAUUUUUGUUACACGCAACACAUGGACAACAGUCGGUGGACUGCCGGGACUGGCGUUGACUGUGCAGGAUGUUGGCGUGCGUAACUUAGGACUACAUGGGCCACCUCAGCUAGACACAAUGCUGCAGAGCAUGCGUCGUUUUGUAAUGCUAAAGAAUUUGCAAAUAGACACGAUAGACAGCACGCAAAGAGAACUAUUUGAGGAUUCCAUACUCAGUGUGCAGCCAGUGGUGCUGACGAGUGAGCUGCAGCCAACACAAGAGAUACUCAGCUACAUAUGCAAGCUAAAGCCGCGUCCAGGUGCAUUGAACCUGGUCAAGUGUGUGGAGCAUGGGGUGCCACCAGGUCCAUUGCUGGGCAAGCUUAAAAACGGGCAGGACAUAACGCUGCCUGAUGGAAAACUGGUGCGUUCUGUGGACGUAACGGAGCCUGGUGAGACAGCGCUGUCCUUUGUGUUUAUUGAUGUGCCCAGUGAGGAUUACUUGCCUUCGUUGGAAGCGCAGGCGACAGAGUACAAACAGUUGGCUGGCUCAGAGCUCACCGAAGUGGCGUUGGUGGUGCACUUUACGCCAACAGAAAUGACAGCUCAAGCAGCUUAUGAACGCUUCAUGGCGGACAAUUUCUCGCCAGGCACGCAGCAUAUUUAUCUUAACUCUGCACUGAAUAAAUUCUCAGGCUGUGUGGCGGCAAAUCGCAUACAGUAUCAACUGAAUCAACUGCAUCCACACAUAUUUCCACUGCUCGCCGAGUCGUUGGAGCUGCAAGACAGCUGUCCGAGCUUAAAUCUGAGCCAGAAUUUAAAGAAAACCAAGCUGGAGGAUGAGCAAAGCAAUGAAGAGCCAACGCAAACAGAGCAAGCGGCACAAGGUGUCGGCUCCAUGAGCAGCUUUCAUUUGCGGCCAAGAAAAGGUCUGGAUCGCACGCUGGAAGCGAAGCUGAAUCCAGAGGAGUACAUAAAGGAGACGCAUGCAGUGCCAGGAUUCACAGAGCUGCUGGCGCAGCUGCAAAAAGAAACUGAGGCCUUAAAAAUAACUGAGAGCAGCAGCUAUCCGCGCAUUAUCUUCCUGGGCACUGGCUCGUGCAUUCCCAACAAGACGCGCAAUGUUAGCUCCAUACUCAUACAGACAGCUCCAGCGGCUUAUAUGUUGCUCGACUGCGGCGAGGGCACUUAUGGCCAGAUAGUGCGUCUCUUUGGACGCGAACGCACGCAGGAGGUUAUGCGACAGCUGCAGGCGGUUUAUGUCUCACAUCUGCAUGCGGAUCAUCACAUUGGGCUUAUUGAUCUGCUGCUGCAGCGACAGAAACUGCAGCCAGCGCAAAAGUUGCUGCUGCUGGCGCCGCGACAAAUUGAGCCUUGGCUGAAUUUCUACAAUCGUCAGAUUCAGUCCAUUGCUGAGGCGUAUACGCUGCGUGGGAAUGGCGAGCUGCUGGAUGAGCCAUUGACGGACGAGAGCGUGCAGUGCAUGGGCCUAAGCGCCAUAGCAACCUGCUUGGUUAAACAUUGUCCCAGUGCAUUUGGCAUUAGCCUGACGCUGCAGUCGCAGUUCGAAGGCGAGCCCAUUAAAGUAACUUAUAGCGGCGAUACCAUGCCCUGCGAAGAUUUGGUAGAGCUGGGACGCAACUCAACUGUGCUCAUACACGAGGCUACCAUGGAGGAUGAUCUGGAGGAAGAGGCGCGCAUCAAGACGCACAGCACAGUGUCCCAGGCCAUACAGCAGGGACGCGAUAUGCAGGCCAAGCAUAUUAUACUCACGCAUUUCUCGCAGCGCUAUGCCAAGUGUCCACGCCUGCCCAGCACAGAUGACAUGCAACAGGUUGCCAUUGCCUUUGACAACAUGCAGGUCACCGUGGAGCAGCUGCAGCACUAUCACAAACUCUAUCCAGCGCUGCUCGCCAUGUACGCUGAGUACACCGAGGAGCUCGAGCAGCGUGCGGUGAAGCGAGAGCUCAAACAGGAGCGAAAACGAAAAUUAGCACAAACGUGAUAAUUAAUUUUACUAUUCGUUAAAUAUUUAAA